GUUGUGGGUGAGACGUGAAGGAGGUUGUACACUUGACUUGAAUGUACCAUUAGCGUGAUGAUGCUAAGCUAGCUGUCAGUCAGACGUCCACACGAGUUUCGCUGCCGAGUUUGCUUCCGGAUGCUCCCGGUUGUAUCCCGCUAUCCGUCUUGACAUUCCCUCAACAUUCCUGGACGAAUUCGUGUCGACUGACCAGAGUCCGCGAAUUCGGGUCCACUCCUGAUCUAACCUGUUCAUUGCUAGCGUAACUUAGCUCGCCGGCUAACGUGAACGCGCACUAGGAAAACCGGACUGACGAGAGUCCCUCUUAAGGACCACACCCAGGCAAGAUGUCCCUACAUCAGUUUUUGUUGGAACCCAUCACCUGCCAUGCAUGGAACCGCGACAGGACACAAAUUGCUAUCAGUCCUAAUAACCAUGAAGUUCACAUCUACAAGAAGAGUGGCAGCCAGUGGGUCAAGACCCAUGAACUGAAGGAGCACAAUGGACAUAUAACAGGCAUUGACUGGGCCCCUAAAAGUGACCGUAUCGUGACAUGUGGAGCAGAUCGUAAUGCUUAUGUGUGGUCCCAGAAGGAGGGUGUAUGGAAGCCCACAUUGGUCAUCCUCAGGAUCAACCGAGCCGCCACCUUUGUGAAAUGGUCUCCACUGGAGAACAAGUUUGCAGUUGGCAGCGGAGCUCGACUCAUCUCUGUCUGCUAUUUUGAGUCUGACAAUGACUGGUGGGUCAGCAAACACAUCAAAAAGCCCAUCCGCUCCACCAUUCUCAGUCUAGAUUGGCAUCCCAACAACAUCCUACUGGCUGCUGGGUCAUGUGACUUUAAAUGCAGGGUGUUCUCAGCUUAUAUUAAAGAGGUUGAAGAGAAACCAGGUCCCACACCCUGGGGUAGCAAAAUGCCAUUUGGAGCUGUCUUAGCAGAGUUUGGAGGAGCAGGUGGAGGGGGUUGGGUUCACUCCGUUUCUUUCUCAGCCUCUGGUAACCGUCUGGCCUGGGUCAGCCACGACAGCACUCUCACUGUGGUGGACAGCUCGAAGACUGCCAGUCUUUCACAGCUGAAGACAGAGUUCCUUCCUCUCCUCAGUGUCAUUUUUAUUUCAGAGAACAGUCUAGUAGCUGCGGGCCACGACUGUUGCCCCAUGCUGUUCCGUUGUGACGAUGGUGGAACAUUGACAUUUGUGUCAAAGCUUGACCUCCCUAAGCAGAGUAUUCAGAGGAACAUCUCUGCCAUGGAGCGCUUCAGGAACAUGGACAAGAGAGCCACCACCGAGGACCGUAACACUGCCCUGGACACACUGCACCAGAACAGCAUCACCCAAGUGUCUAUCUACGAGGGAGACAAAAGGGAUUGUCGUAAAUUCUGCACUACCGGCAUUGAUGGCGCAAUGACCAUUUGGGAUUUCAAGAGUCUAGAAGCUUCGAUCCAGGGUCUCCGCAUCAUGUGAAGAAAUUUUGAAUGAAGAGACGUUGCGGCCUCACUUUACUUCCUCACACCCAGACUUAACCCCUCUUUCAAGCUCACCUUCUUCUCUCUCAUGACGCAGCCAGAAUUGCACAUAACUGACCACCGUAACGAGUGUCUGCUGAAGCACUGAUCAGAGCGGAACACACCCUUGUGGACGUGUUCAUACACACACGCACGAUACACAUACAUAAACUCACUGAGCUGACGUGUGACAUCACUGUUGAUUUGGGGUGUUUUUUUUCCUUGGGGGUUUUUUGUUUGUUUUUUGGUUUGCUUUGUUUUUGAUUUUUGGGUUGUUUUUUAAAUGAAGGUUAACCAGGUGUCAAGGUGGGAAGGUCCUCUGACACGUAUUAAACGUGGCGUGAAAUGUGAUUUUAUGUUCUCUAACCUCCUGUACCAAAUGUUGAACACUAAAAGGUGCAUUUUAUCCAAAACUCAGACUGUACAUCACCUCAGGUUAACCAUAACGUGAUCUCCGAAUAUCGCUCUUUAUAGACUAGAGCACGGGCGGGGUUUACUUCCUGGAGGAUGGUAAAUAUCUUGCAGGUAGUGAACUCAUUGUUUAGUUUAGGGCCCGGGUAAUGAUAUUCUGAGCUGACGCUGUUGGUUGACAGCAGACAGAAGGCUGAAUCGGUUCUGACAGUGGAGAGACGCAGCCGUUGGCGCAGAGUCACGGCCACCACAAGGCUCUGUAGCUACAACACAACCUACACAAGAUGGAGGAUUUCUUUGUAACUGAUCAUGAGGUAGAUAUGAAAUAAAAAUGAAGUACAUUUACAGUACACAACUCA